GGCUGCGCAGGCGCGGGGCGGCCAUGGCGGCUGCCGUGGAGCGCCGCCUGGCGCGGUUUCGCGCCGCCCGGGGCUGCGGAGCCGCCGAGCCGCCGCGCCCCGCCGAGCCGCCGCGCCGGGCCGCGACUGCUGAAGCCGCCGGGGGACCGCGGGCCGGGGGCGCCCCCGAGGCACAUCCGGACACAACGGCAGCUCCACUGUGGGCACGGCCACUGCUGCUGAAGGUGCUGCUGUGGGCUGUGCUGCUGGCACUGUUUGCCGAGCUGGAGCUGGGUCUGCCUUAUUUCGUCCUCUCGCUGCUCUACUGGAUGUACGCCGGCACUCGCAGCCCGGCAGAGCGACGGCAGGGUGAGCUCAGCGCCUACUCUGUCUUCAACCCUGGCUGCGCUGCCAUUGCUGGGACACUGACAGCCGAGCAGCUGGAGCGGGAGAUGUACUACCGACCUAGUGCUGGGAGGUAGCGACCCACCGCACCAGGGACCCAUGGAAGGACUCAAGGAGGAGGAGAAGGAGAAGGGGGUGUUUCUAUGCAAAAAGCUGCUUGAGCCUUGCUCCUGGCGUGGUUUGCCCCAAAUAAAGCCGUAGCAAAGCACGUUGUGUGGUCUC